AUGUCAGGUGAUGUACAACCAAGAAAACGAAAAGAAAAGAGAAGGAAAAAGGAUGAGCUGGGAAUCGAGGAGCUGCGUGGAACAGCCGCAGUUUUUGGUGAAGGUGAUGUGUUAAUACAUUCAUACCACGAGCAUGGCACUGGGGGACAUUGGUGUGCUAAGAUCAUUUUCUUCUCUUUGUUGGCUGUUCUUGUCACAUUAAUAGGAUUGAUUAUUCUUGAAAAUAGAGGACUUUCAGAAUUGGAAGCAAAUGCGGUAGAAUCGCGAUAUUCUGGAGUACUGAAUGGUUGGAUUGAAGAUGCGCCCGAUGACGAUCAUCAUGAUGAACAUACAUUGGAAUUAAAACAUCAUGAUUAUAAAAAAAUACAUGAUGAUGACGAUGAUGAUGAGCAUCGCGUUAGUGAAUUAGAACAUAAUGAAGAUGAUGAUCACUCUGAAGAACAUAUGCAUGAAGAUGAGGAGGAAAACUCUGGUAUUGAUGACGAUGCUGAUGAAGAAACAGAAGAAAGUGACAACGGUGAUGAUGAUCAAGAUGACAAUAAUAAUUAUGGUAGUGAAGAGGAGGAUGUAGAAGCAUAUGAUAAUGAGGAUGAUCAAAACUUUGAAUACAAGAAAUAUUAUAAACGCGAUAUAUAUGGUCAAAGCGAUAAUGAUUUCCAAGAGGAGCGUGAUGAUGAUUUGGAAGAAGACUUGAAAAAUGAUAUUGAAGAUGAUGAUGAUGACGAUGACAUUGAUGAAAAUAAGAGUGAUGAAAUAAGGAAAAUUAAUGACAACUACGAAAAUAACGACAUUGAACAAAAUUUAAGAGAUUAUGAAGAUGAUAUUGAUGAAAAUUUUGACACAUAUGACGAGGAUAAUGAAAUUGAGGAUAAUGAUGAAAACGCAGUAGAAGAUGGAGAAGAAGAAAUAGAGAAAAUAGAGAGAGAAGUUUUAGAUGAAGAAGAACUACCAGUUUCUGAUGAAGAUAAGGAAGACUUUAAAGGAGAUGAAAAUGAAGAUGAAAGUUCAUUUGAGGAUGAAGACAUGACUGUACUGCCAGUAGUUGAACAAAUUACUGUGCCACCAGGCAAACCUUUUGUCGAGUUGGAAGAUGAAACAUCAUCAGAGAAACCAACAAAUACGUUAGAUGAAGAGGAGGAAUAUGAAAAGCGUCAGGAACAGCUUCGCCUCGAAAAGGAAGAAUCUUCAUCAAAGAUGUGGCUGAAGUUGGUGGUGGGUGGCGCGCUGCUGGUGGCCACACACGCAGUUAUACGUCGCUCGACGGCGCCACGCGAUACUCAAGAAAAUGAAGCGAAUGCAAGACAAGAGGAAACUCCAUCUGUAACUGACAGACGAAUGACUCUCAUUCCAAAUGAACCGACGCCCCUGCUACCAGCGUAUGAGCCUCCACAUGAAGAACGAGUCAAAAAGAUCUUUUCAGACACAAAAACUGUUAAAUCAGUUCCAAUCCAAAAACAAGAAAGUGAAGAAGAUCAAGAAGUCUCAGAGAAAUUUGAGACUGAAGAAGUUACUACUGAAAAGGCAACAAACGAUGUUUUAGACAAAGAAAUGUAUAGUGAUGAUGAUGAAGAGGUUGAAGAUGAAGAGGUAAUAGACGAGAAGAAGGAAUAUCCGAAAGAAAUUAGUCUGGAUGAUAAUAAAGAUCAGGAGGAAUCGGAAAACGAGGAAGUUCCGGACGACGUAGAAAUAAUAGACGACGAGCAGAUUGAAGAGGAAAUUGAAGAAGAGGUUGAAGACGAAGAAGAGAUUUCAGAUGUUGAUGAUGCUGAAUUACUGAGUCGCCUCGAAGCUAAAUACGGACGAUUGCCUGAACCUGACAGACCUGAAUCUAAACAUAAGGAUAGCGGAAACAACGUUGAAGACGAGUGGCCAGGCGAACCCAGCGAGCCGUACUGGCGUCAGCAACUUGACUAUGCUGAACAAGAAAUCCGCCAGGAUUGGCUGGACUAA